GCCCGACGACGACGGCAGUUCCUGUCCACCUGUCGGCCACGACAAACGCCGGUGCACCGAUAACGUCGUCGCAGCACGAAACCCGCACGAUCGCACGUGGUCGACUGCGCACGCACACACCUGACACUCGUCGUACUUGAAUUAUUUAUCAUUAUUGUUAUUAUACCGUUAACCGUCCGGUUGAAUAUCCUUAAUAUUGCAAUAGUAUAAAUAAUUACAACCGAGAUACGGUGGACAGGCUGCACCUCGAGAGGCGAUUUUUAUCUCGGUCCCAUAAAUCGACAACAUUUAUAAUAUUUAUAUUAUUGYAAUUAAAUCUAAACGAUAACAAUAAUAAUAUCACAGUAAAAUAAUAUAUCACAGUCCCAGAAUACACGUAUCGCGUCCCGCGGGAUAAACGCAAUUCCAGCCGAGCCGAACUCGAUAUCAUGCGGCGUCGUACCGCAGCAGCAGAAGCCGUCGUCKGUGCCGCGGCGGCCGUGUUCUUCGCGCUGAUCGGCGCCGUUGACGCGGGCAGCUGCUUGGAAGCUAAGCUAUGCUGUCCCGGCCGCGACUCGGCGUGCGUCGUCCAGAAGACACCCAUCAACGCCAUCAUCGAGGAUCCCACGGACAAGCCGUGCUACUGCGACCACGCGUGCCUCAAGCUCGGCGACUGUUGCACCGAUUUCAAACCCGCUUGCGGAGGAGAGAAACAAAUUGGUGUGUUUCAAUAUAAAAAUGGUGAUUUAAAAAAAAAUUACAAAAUUGUGGUUGUUUAA